AUGAACGAUGUCCGCGCAGGGGCCUCGGUACGAGUUCUGCUCGACUACACAAUCUAUCAGGCAGAUUUUGCGCAUGUCGUUGAAGAAAAAGUCGUAGCUGUCCAGUUACUACAAUCUGUUGCCAGGGCAACGUGGAACACGUUCAAAAAAGAUGGCGAGUGGGAAUGGAUACUAGUUUCAACGAACGGCGUUAAACAUCAAGUGAGAUACGAAAUUGGCGCAAGUACUUUCAAAGGUGAGCAAUACAACAAGGCAAAUGUGAAAUGGUUCACUAAGAAACAGUCGUGCUAUAAGAAGCCCGUUUUAUCACACGACAAAAACGGCGAAAUUCUCAGUGGUUCUUUGGUUGAUUUGAUGACAUCAGUUCAGGGCGGGUCAGACAUCCGUUGUUGUGCUGGCGACAGCGCUUUUCCUGUUCAAAGUUUGGACAUGACAAAAUCCUUCGUUUCUGGCCAAAAUGUUGAUCAUGUGAGCGUAAUAUACGAUUCGCAUAAAAAGACGUUGGUGUUUCAAAAUAACGCCUAUUGGUGGUUCACACUUCAAAGCACGCUCGGCACACGUGAUAUGUCGCGGUGGACCGUUGGAGAGCAUACCUCGCGUGGACACACGCAAAGUCGCGUGAACAUUGAUUGGUUCGCGGACCCAUGUUGGAAACUGGUGUUCGCGCAUGACAAGCGUGGUGUUGCCAAAUCUGGAUCGCGAGCGGACCUCGUGAGUGCAAUCAAAAACGGUGCACGCGUUCGUGUCCAGAUCCCUUCAUAUCGCACGGCCGAAGCCGACAACUUAUCGAUUCGAAAUGGCCACGUAACCGCGCAGUUGCUGAAACGUCUUACUGAGAAAAAUCUAACGCGAAUUGCCGAUGACACAUCUUGGUUUUGGCAGAUGAUUUCAACCACAGGCAAAGUGACGUCGACGCUAUAUAAAGUCGGGGAGCACAAACACGUGUCAACCACCUCAUCCUAUGAAGAAAUCCGCUGGUUUAUCGAUACCAAACCGUGGGCUCUAGUCUAUUCUCACGACGCGCGAGGCCAACCCAUUGAAGGAAACGAAAAAGAUGUGGUACGCGCAGUGCAGUCUGGGCAUAGGCGUACCGGGCGGGGGGGCGGGGGGGGCGGCAGCCCCCCCAGUUUUUUGGGCAGUCGGGCAAUUUUCGAUGAACAGUCGGGCAAUUUUGGUUUGCAAUAA